AUGAACAACAUUCUCACCGGCGCUGCCAUGGGCGCUGCCUUGACCGCAGCAGGCGUCUACGCCCCAGACAUCAUUCUCUCCCAGUUCACCUUCACCGACUACACCAUGUUCCAGACCUUCCUCACCGCGGCAGCAGGUAGCACAGUCCUAGUAACAGCCUCCCAAACCCUUAACCUAACCAAUCUCCCACCCAGGGGGCCCUCCACUCUAGGCCUAGGCCUUUCGCUUUCUUCGUCAUCAUCAUCGCUACCCUCCUGGUGGACACGCCACGAGGGCAACAUCCUAGGCGGCGCCCUCGUCGGCGCAGGCAUGGCCCUCUCCGGCGCCUGCCCCGGUACCCUCCUCGCCCAGCUCGGCGUCGGCGUCAAGUCGGGGUGGCAUACCAUGGCUGGUGCCGUGCUGGCGGGUGUCGUCUGGUCUUGGAUCGGGCGGAGGCGACGACGGCGAGUCCGUUCCCAAUCUGUUGUUGUUGUGAAGGAGGGGAUGCGGGACAAGAGUAAGGCUGGUGAACGGAAGGAGGAGAACAAGGAGAGCGGGGAGGCAUUGACAGUCUAUGAGGCGUUGGGAUUCAGCAGGGGCGUGUUCGUGGUAUUGUUCGAGGCGGUGCUUGUUUUGGCACUCAUUGCCGCGACACAGUACACAAAUGCGAGCGCCGCCCGGGCGAGGGGGAUACCUCCUUAUCUUGCGGGGUUGGCCAUCGCGGCAGCCCAGCUGGUGUCGAUCGUGUUGAGGGGGUCGUUGCUGGGCGCAUCAACGGCGUUUGAGGAGCUCGGCGGAUGGGUGUGGGGUGUGAGGGAGUAUUCCAAUGUGCUGUUUUCGGUUGGCUUGGUGGGCGGCGCGUGGUUGUUGUCGUUGACGGUGCCGGCGCUGCGGCCGGUUACCGACGUGGCCGUCUCCCCGCUAAGGUCUGUCCUUGGUGGGUUCAUGAUCGUCUUCGGGUCGAGGAUGGCGGGCGGGUGUACCUCGGGGCAUGGUAUCAGCGGAUUGUCGUUGAUGUCCAUUUCGAGCUUCUUGACCGCGGCGGCCACGUUUGGCAUGGGAGGGCUGACAGGACUCUUGAUAGGCUGA